AUGGCGACCCUAGCCGAGAUCCUCAGGAGCGAGUUCCCGCAGCUGGACGCCGAGCUCUUCCAAUACGUUACCGGUGAGACAGGGCUGUGAAGGCGCUGGGACCCGGGGCUGUAAUAUCGGGGGGGCAGGAGCCGCCGCCAUGUGUCCUGGCUGGGUAACUGGGGUGAUAAUCAGGUGGCAUGAUGGACUGUGGGAGUCACUGAUAGCAUGGGGUUCAUGGACACGCCGCGCAGCCCGUGCCUGCAGGAGAUGUCGGGCAGCUGUCCGUGACUUGUCAGGAGGAGGAGGAGGACCCAGGACCUGUACUCAUAAAUGGUCCACCCUGAGUGUCCUGACACAUCAUCACUCCCUCAUUGUGUGUACCGGGCAUGAAACGUGCGCCCAGGCACCGUGUAGCAUUCAGUGUCCUUUACUGAAUAGAUACAUUGCUCGCCCUCUCUCUGGGAUUAAUUCAUUUCCUCCCUAGUCACAUCAAUGCCAUGGACUGCAGGGCAGCAAUUUCCUGAAUUGCCCAACAUCUCAGCCAUUUUGCUUUUUCUAGAAAACAUGAUCGACCUAGCUAUAAAAACUGUACAUGCUGUAUACCUUAGAUAUUUUUAUUAUAUUUUAAUCUACCAAUCUACUUCCCUAAUACUUCCCUUACCCUUUGUGUCACUCUACUCCACUCCCUCUAGCAUGUAAGCUCAUUGAGCAGGGCCCUCAACCCCUCUGUUCCUGUGUGUCAAACUUGGCUGGUUACAGUUACAUAUUUGUUAGUCCACCCAUUGUAAAGCGCUACGGAAUUUGUUGGCGCUAUAUAAAUAUAAUAAUAAUCAUACACCAAUCCACUAGAACUGGACUAGUGAAAUAUAUAACCAUUAAAACCCUUGAUGAGUCUUGAUGAGUGAAGGAGACUAAAAAGUAUUCGUUUGUCUCUGCUGAUGUUCAAUUGAUGAAGAGCCAAACAUGAUCGUUGAAUCACUUUUCCAAGUUCAUUGUAAUUUGUUUUAUAUGUUGUUCUGUCAUAUGUAGUAGCAAUAAUUUGCAUUUAUCAGCUAAUCUUAUUUUCUUACUAGUAUAAAGUUCUGGUGGAUUGAUAGGAUUUAUAGACUUUGAGUCCGAUUUACACUAAGGACAAAAUGUAACAAAGGUUUGAUGUAUAUUUUUGUAUUUUUCUAUAAAACAUAUUCAAUGUUGCAACAUGUCCACAGAGCCCUAUUAUAACCCCCACACUCUUUUACCAAUCAGAUGUUCUUGACAGUGGGCAAGCUGACUUUGAAUCUGCGCAUGACUUGUUUGAAGCAGUCGGAGCUCUUCUGCAGGAUGUUUCUGGAGAUACCAAGGACGAUGAGGACAUCAGAAACAUCUGUCAGAGGAUGUAUAGAACAAUGCGCUUGUAAGUGUUAAUGUUCAGACUGUGAGGAGCAGAAUGUAAUGUACUGGGAGGGGAUGGAAAGGGAUAGACAUACAAGUAGAAUGUGAGAGGUAUGACAGCUGAGAAGUUAUUUAACGGUUGCAAGAGAUGAGAAGUAAGCACUUAAUAAAAAAGGACUAGCGCAAUGAUUUCCAGAAAUUGUUUUACAGAAGGUUCGAUAUGAGCGUUUACAAUUUAGAGUACGCUUUAGAUUGCUGAGAUUAAUAUGACAUGCGUGUUAUUAGAAGAAACAUAUGCAAAUGUAACAUGAUAGCUAAUUGACAUAUUUUAAUCAAAGUUUGUCAGUAAUAAUUGAUUUAUAUCCAGUUUCUGAAAAAAAACUGUGUAAUUUAUGUAAUCCAAAAUAAACCUCUUAACUGUAAUUCUUCUUGUGCUUUUGUCAGGGAAAAUAAUCAUGUCCCCAAACAGAAUCAAGUACUGCUCCAGGCCCCUAUCCAGCUGAACCAGAUCACUGACCAAUAUGGUAAGAUUAUACAAACCCAUCCUUCCAAAUACUGUUCUCUACAGUAUCUUUAAUAGACCCCUAAACAUGUAUUUAACCCUGCCUCUUCCUGUUGCACCUUUCAUCUUAUUGGUUAGCUACUGUCUUGCGUUUUUAUGAUGGCUGCACAUGGAUAUUUGCUUUGUGAUUUAUUCUUAUCCUGUUUCCCCCAGACUCUGUUUGGGUCAACACUCUUGAUUUUUGUUUACUUAUUUUACUAUCUAUUCAUUUUAGAUGUUGAUCCUCAAAUCCUUAAUGUGUUGUUGAUGAAGAAAGGGCAAUCCUCGGUGAGAUAAUGUUUCUUCUUCAUAAAUACAGGAUAAUUUAACCACUCUGUAGGCAGAAGAUGUUGUCACUCCAAGUAACUGAGCUAGAUACUUUUUUUUUGGAUUACGUAGGACUAGAGUGGUAUAUGUAUAUUUUACUACAGGGCUCUCUUUCUAUACAGGACCAAGACUUGUCAUUGUUGUAGGGUUAUAAGAAAAUGUAAUUGUAAAAUAAUUAAGUGUAAUCAAUCUUUAAAGGACAAUAUAAGCACCAUCAUCACUACAGCACAUAGUGUGAAUCCUCUGGCAUCGUCCCAUGAUAGUCCGUCAAACCGCUUAUAACUGAUUUAACACUUACCUUGUUCUAUCAGUCAACCAUGCUCCUUCUAGUCUAAACAGCUAUGCUAAAGCAGAAGUUAUAAUGUACAGAAAAUGAGCAGUAAAACAUGAUUGUCAGGAGUCGGGGUCUGGGAUGAGCCAGAACCUGUUUGCAGGUGGACAGCACACCCUUGCGAGCAGUACUUCUUACAUGACAUAAGAAUGGGAAUGGGUCAUAGAGGUCAGUUAUGGCACAUGGAUCUUUAAUAGUGAAUCGGGAAUAAAGAUGGACAGAAUUUGAGGUUUCCAGAAAGAGGCUAGGCAGUCAUUGUAGAUGGUAGGUCAGGGCUGGCUGCAAGGUAGCAUUAACGGAAAAACAGUUCCAAGCUCAAAAAGCAAUAAAAUCCAAGAUUGAAGGGAACAGGGCAGGAAGCUGGGGCACUAACUCAGGAGUGUGUCUUAAGCAAAACAGCACUGAAUAUCUGUAGCUAGCAAGUCAGAAUAAUAGAACAUUGCUGUGGAUGCGCUUUGGGGUUUUAUAGGUGCAGCCUAAUUACGGGGACAAUCCCUUCCUGUGGGUGAAGCAUCACCUGAGUGCUUAAUUGCUGGUACGUGUUUCUGUAACAUAUCGGCACACACUUUCUUCAGAACAUCAGGGAAUGCUGCUGGUGUCGAAGACCCUCCUAGCCUUCAUGACAAUGGUGUAUAGUACAUAAUAGUAGAAAGCAUGAGAAAUCCAAGUCAAAUAUGUGACAUAGUGCUGGCAAAGUUCAUUAUUCAAGUUCAUUAGUAAGAAAAACACUGUGUGUGUGUGUGUGUGUGUAUAUAUAUAUAUAUAUAUAUAUAUAUAUAUAUAUAUAUAAAAAAAAUAUUAAACUGUACCUUAGCACACAGGCUUUAAACUUGCCAAACCUGGUGCAUUACCAGGGCUUGAGUAUCCAUAUAAUCGGUCCACAAGAUGGACUGAAACGUUGAUCUGUUUUAAAAGUAUCUGGAAUAAAAGUUAAUUUUUAUUGAAAAUCCGUGAGUGCAGCCACACUACCCGAUUAUUUUUAUAUAUAUAUAUAGCGAGGGCUUGCACUCCUGGUGUAAUCCUGUGGUGCCCGGUGCUGGUCUGGCAAGGAUCAUGUAGACAUAGCAGAAAUGACCGCACUCCAAAGACUUUAUAGAGAUUAUUAAAUAAAAUUUAACUUUUAUUCAAUCCAUUUAAAAAGUCAACGUUUCAGCUCUCACAUGGAGCUUUCAUCAGGACAAAACAUGUUUUUAACUACAAGACCGUGAGUGCUAGCCUAUAUCAAUUUGUGUGUGUGUGCAUAUAUAUAUAUAUAUAUAUAUAUAUAUAUCUAUCUCAUGGAAAAAUUUUGAAUUUUAUGGUUUUACAUACCGUGCGCAAAAAUAUAAUCUUCAGUGAGCUAGAGUGGUGUGGGUGCCUACAAUGUCCCUUAACCCGACAAUUGUAAUUAAUUCAGUUUCUGAGAAACUGCAAUAAUUACCUUGCAUUGUUAACUUCUCCUCUAGUGGCUGUCUACCAGACAGCCACUAGAGGGACUUCCGGAAUUUAAACGAAUCUUUGGUCUGUUAUCUGACACUGAACGUCGCAUGAGUACCUCCAACGCCAGAUUUUUCCCCAUAGGAAAGCAUUAUUCAAUUCCUAUGGGGAAACCCUAAUGCGAGCUAGGCCAUUGCUGCGCAUUAGGUCUCUCCCCGCCAGCUCACGUCGGCACGGUAGGAGCGUGGGCAGAUCCAUCGGUGCUGAAUUCUACAGUGCCAGGAAAACAGGUUUGUUUUCCUGGCACUAUAGAAUCCCUUUAACCCCUUAAGGACACGUGACAUGUCAUGAUUCCCUUUUAUUCCAGAAGUUUGGUCCUUAAGGGGUUAAAAUACGUCAAUACAACCUCAGAUGAACAACACAUGACCUAUUACACCGUGUCAUAAUUUAUGUAACAAAAACAAAGCCAAACUGGAGAAGCCAUGUUUGAAAAACAAAGUACAACUUACUGCUUCCAUAGGAACUAAGAGGUUAAGUAGCAGACAGGUGCUGCUAAUCAAAUGCCCUUGAUUAAUUUAUCAUCAUCAUCAAGUGUGACAUCCUCUAUAAAAGCUGAGCAAUUGUUGCUGCCCAUUGAACUGGGAAGAGUUAUAAGGCCAUUUCCAAAUCAUUUCAAGUACAUCCUUCUACAGUGAUAUUAUUCAAAAGCAGAAAACAUUCAAGACAGUUGCAAUCUUCCUAUGAGUGCACGUCCCAGCAAACUCAGUCAAACCGUGCAAUGCUCAGAGAAACUGCAAAAAAAGUUACAUCUCGGACUCUGCAGGCUUCAGUUAUCAUGUUAAAUGUACAUGAUGGUAUAAUUAGAAAAAGACUUUAACAAGUAUGGUUUGUUUGAAAGCGUUGCCAGGAGAUAGCAUCUUCUCGCUAAGAUUAUCAUGGAAGCACGACUUCGGACUUCUGGAACAAUUUCCUUUGGACAGACGAGACCAAAGUGGAGUGCCACAUUUGGCCAAAACCAGAUAUCGCAUAUUAGUGCAAACACCUCAUACCAUCUGUCAAGCACGUUGGCAGAGGGGUGAUGUUUUUGGCUUGUUUUGCAGCCACAAGACUUGGGAAUCUUGCAGUCAUUGAGUUGACCUUGAACUCUUCUGUAUACCAAUGUUUUCAAGAGUCAAAUCUGAGGCCAUCUGUCUGCCAGCUAAAACUUGGCUGAAAUUGGGUCAUGCAACAAGACAAUGAUGCCGAACACAUCAGCAAAUCUACAACAAAAUACCUUAAAAAGAAAAGAAUUAAGGUGUUAAAAUGGCCCAAUCAAAGUCCAGACCUCAACCAGAUUGAAAUGUUGUGGUGGGACCUUUUAGAGAGCUGUGCAUAAACAUAUGCCAGCAAAACUUAAUGAACUGAAGCAACAUUGUGGAGGAAUUUUGUCCCACUCUUCAUUACAACGAUGUGAAAGACUGAUAAAUUCAGACAGAAAAUGAUUACUUUAAGUUAUUUCUGCUAAUGGUGGUUUUACAAGCUAUUAAAUGAUGAAGUGUACUUAGUUUUUCACGUGUGGCUUCUCCAUUGUGGCUUUAUUUUUCUUUUAAAAAAAAACAUGAUGCUGUAAUAUGUUGUGUUGUUGUUCAUCUGAGGUUGUAUUUAAGUAUUUUUUAAGACCCGCUAAGGAGCAGGUGAUUUUAAUUUAUUUUAUUUAUUUAUUACUGGUAUUUAUAUAGCGCCAACAGAUUCUGCAGCACUGUACAAUUAGUGGAGAACAUACAAUAUACACAGACAAAUACAAGAGGUAGAGAGGGCCUUGCCGUAAGCUGAUAUCUAGCAAUUGGAGCUCUUUUAUACAGAGUGCUUAGCUAGAUUGCCCGUGAGCUUACAAUCUGAAGGCAACAGUGGGGAUUUGAGACAAAAGGUAGCAGGGGAAAUUUGGAGGUGAUGGCUAAAAGAGUUAACAGAGAGAAGCAGCUUUUGGUAAAUUGUAAAGGGAAUGACGAGGUAAUUGAGUGAGAAUCUCAAACACCCAAAAUAUUAAUAACUGUGUACAUGAAUGACAAUAAUACAAACUGCAUGCACAGAAAAUUACAGUGGCAAACAGGUAUAAAUGGUAAUACUUAUAUAGGAACACAUGAUAAUAUUGUAGCAAUCCAAGAAUAGAUGAGGUGGAGUAUCUUCCAAGAUUCAGUCAGUACCUGAGAGUGGUAGGUGUUUCUGCAGGAUGUAAAAUGCAGAUCUUCAUGGAGUUUGAGUGUGAAGUGAGUAAUUAUGUCCUGAUAUGUAAAACCAUAGAAUCCAAAGAAGAUGCACUUUUUUUUCUAUAUAUAUAUAUAUAUACAAAGAAUAAUAGGAGUUGCACUCCAGCUCUCCUUAUUUAUUGCCCGGUGCUCGGCUGCACAAAUGUAUAACUUUUAGAAAAGAGUCAGCACUCAAGGACUUUCAAUGUGCUAAAAAAAUGCAAAAAAACCUUUUAAUCCAGUUGUUCAAAGAGGUCAACGUUUCAGUCCAUCGUCGUGGACUUUCAUCAGGACAUAAAUGACAAAACAUAACAUUCAGUUUAAAUAAGAAAAAACUAACUUACCAAGCCGUUUCCACCUGUGUGCCGGCGUGGUCUGUUCCCCAGUGCGCAUGCGUGUCACUCCGCUCAUCUACUUCCGGUGUCAGAGUGCAGCCUACCCAUCACCCUAGCAACCUGUAAACAGAUCGCUAAAGACAGCGAUCCGUGAUAACAUAUUAAAAGUGCCCAGUGCUGUGAUAUCAUCUUAGUGUUCAUAUUAAACUGGCAACUAACAUAGCCAGUUUAACUGUUCGUAUUCUCAUAUUCUCAUUAAUACAGUGAGGACCAAUUAAUCUAUUUGUGUAAGUGCAUAUCAUCAUGCAGACUAGGAAAUUGUGAUGAAGAGAGGUAAAAGAUAGGGAUUAAUUUACCUCAUAUACAGAAAGUGCAAGUGCUCAAAAUGAAAGUGCUGACAGUAACGAUUUGUUAAAGUGACAGGUGCAAAUAUAUACAUUCUAUCAAAUGAUUGAGUAAGUGAACACACUUAAUUGCUAUGGGGUUACAGUGUUAUAUGAUAUAAAAUCACUACCUAAACAUCAAAUAUAAUAACAUAUAUUCUACUGUUUAACAGCACUAUUCCCAAGUGUCAAAAUUUAGAGACAAAAUAUUAUUCAUAUAUAAUUAUGUCCCUAUUCAAUUAUGGAUAAAUGCUAAGGAGUGGGAAAAACCAUCCUCCUUUGAAAAUUUUUUUAGUGAAACACAAAUCACAAAAAAAAUUUCUUUUAUGCCUAUAUCUUAAUCCAUGUUAGAUACACUGGGAAUAUGUGCUGCAAACAUGUUUAUAAACAGAAUAUUAAUAAAAUCAAUAUGAAAAUUCAUCCAACCACUUAAAUAAACGAUGUGAAUGUCAAUUUUUCAUUAAGGCCCAUAGGGGCCAUAGUAUUUAAUUCACGAAUCCAAAAUGUCUCUCUCUGCAACAAUGCCUUAGAGCGAUCUCCUCCUCUCCUAGAUAUUGGAAUGUGGUCAAUGGCAUUUUGGAUUCGUGAAUUAAAUACUAUGGCCCCUAUGGGCCUUAAUGAAAAAUUGACAUUCACAUCGUUUAUUUAAGUGGUUGGAUGAAUUUUCAUAUUGAUUUUAUUAAUUUUUUGUUUAUAAACAUGUUUGCAGCACAUAUUCCCAGUGUAUCUAACAUGGAUUAAGAUAUAGGCAUAAAAGAAAUUUUUUUUGUGAUUUGUGUUUCACUAAAAAAAUUUUCAAAGGAGGAUGGUUUUUCCCACUCCUUAGCAUUUAUCCAUAAUUGAAUAGGGACAUAAUUAUAUAUGAAUAAUAUUUUGUCUCUAAAUUUUGACACUUGGGAAUAGUGCUGUUAAACAGUAGAAUAUAUGUUAUUAUAUUUAAUGUUUAGGUAGUGAUUUUAUAUCAUAUAACACUGUAACCCCAUAGCAAUUAAGUGUGUUCACUUACUCAAUCAUUUGAUAGAAUGUAUAUAUUUGCACCUGUCACUUUAACAAAUCGUUACUGUCAGCACUUUCAUUUUGAGCACUUGCACUUUCUGUAUAUGAGGUAAAUUAAUCCCUAUCUUUUACCUCUCUUCAUCACAAUUUCCUAGUCUGCAUGAUGAUAUGCACUUACACAAAUAGAUUAAUUGGUCCUCACUGUAUUAAUGAGAAUAUGAGAAUACGAACAGUUAAACUGGCUAUGUUAGUUGCCAGUUUAAUAUGAACACUAAGAUGAUAUCACAGCACUGGGCACUUUUAAUAUGUUAUCACGGAUCGCUGUCUUUAGCGAUCUGUUUACAGGUUGCUAGGGUGAUGGGUAGGCUGCACUCUGACACCGGAAGUAGAUGAGCGGAGUGACACGCAUGCGCACUGAGGAACAGACCACGCCGGCACACAGGUGGAAACGGCUUGGUAAGUUAGUUUUUUCUUAUUUAAACUGAAUGUUAUGUCUUGUCAUUUAUGUCCUGAUGAAAGUCCACGACGAUGGACUGAAACGUUGACCUCUUUGAACAACUGGAUUAAAAGGUUUUUUUGCAUUUUUUUAGCACAUUGAAAGUCCUUGAGUGCUGACUCUUUUCUAAAAGUUUUAUAUAUAUAUAUAUAUAUAUAUAUAUAUAUAUAUAUAUAUAUAUAUAUAUAUAUAUAUAUAUAUAUAUAUAUAUAUAUAUAUAUAUAUAACUUGGGCUAGGGUCUCUUUGGUCCUCCAUUGACAUAGGUGUAAGUUACAAACAAGAGAUAUUAUUAGCCAGUCAAAUUAAUAGCUGGAUUUCGUCAGAGUACAGGUCUCUAAUGCUAACAGAUUUAUUUAUUUUAUUUGCGGGGGAGAGGGUGCAUGUUUUGCUUGGACGUGCUAAUACAAGGAUCCCAAGUGUAAAAAUAAAUAACACAUCCAAUGAAUAUAUUGUUUUUUUUAGACCGUUAAUGUUAAGAAGCUGGAGAAAGCAGAAGCCAAACUGAAGGCUAAACAAGGAAAGCGAAAUGAACGAGACUCAAGUAAACCAGCCGGGCAGGUGUAAGUAUUUUUAAAGCGAAUAAAAUGGUGCUUACGUUAAGCUUUUCUGAUGUCUAAAAUAAGCUAUUCACAUAUUAUGAUUGCAGUGUAAUGGAGGAGGCCUCAGCCAGCCAAGCUGCUAGUAAGAAAGAAAAUCGUAUAGAGAAUAGCGGCAAGAACAAGUCCUAUGACAUUCGAAUAGAGAACUUUGAUGUGUCAUUUGGAGAGAGGUAAAUACCAUUUUACACACAUUAGUUAAUCGCUUUUGUAACCUAUUUUGAAAAUGGCUAUAUAUAACAGCACCUUCAUAUUUUAGGCAUGACUAUUGUAUAAAUAGUAUUACCUGUUUCUUUAAAUAAUAAUAUGUAUAAUAAACUUGAAGAUUUCUGAGCCGCCACAUGUCAGAAUCUUGGGGGAACUGAGUUGCACAAGAACAUACCUGCUUGGUUGGUUUUUUUUUUAUUCAGAGUGCCAUUCCUGGCACCAGAAAAAUAAAGUAAAAUGCAAUGUAGAAGAUUGUUUAGUUUUUUGGGGGUGAUAAAUAAGCAGCUUCGUUUCCUGUGAUGUACAAGUGUUCUACUCUGUGUGAGCUGGAUCUCCUAUCCAAUCCAGAGAUAUCAAAAACAAAAGAUGAUUGAUGUCUAUGGAAUAGCCACUAAACAUUUAUUUUAUUAUCAUAUCAAGUUAUUAACUAAUAGAGUUAAAAAAAAGAGGAACAGCAAACAGUCAAUACGUCAAUCCUGGAUUUUUCCAGACAUAGUGACUGCAGCUGCUGAGGGAGACAGACCUACAGUGAUACUGUGUGUCAUUGAUUCUACUUGGAGACUAGGUUUAGCUUACUUCUGUAUCUGGCUAGCCAGAUACAGAAGUAAGCUUGAAACAGCUUUGGUUGUAAGAUAGGAGACUGACAUGUUGUUACCAAUAUACAGUUGUUAGAUUAUUUUUUAUAACUAUUUGAAGAAAGAAAAUUGUAUUUUACUUUUAUUUUCAGACUGUUCAGUCCAGUAUGUGCUAUGCAGUGUUUUUUUGUUUUUUUUUACAAACACAAUAUCAUUGUUUACAAUACAUGCCCCUAUUUUUGCUGCAUAAAGUUGUUACACUAAAGUUGAAUCAUAUCGGGGGGGCGGAGCCUGACCUCCAAGCCGGCCAGACGUGGGAAGCCAGAGCUCCUGCACUAAAGCCAGUAUUUAGGGUAUUAUACCCGAUUUUGGGGCUUCCACGUCCAUCAUACCGCAAACUGAAGGUCAGCGGACCCCGGGCUAGCUAAUCGCUAACUUAUUCAAGCACUUACUCACAUGGAGAGCCCAGGAGCCUUGCUGCUGCCUACCCGGGACGAGGCUGAGGGGGAUGCGGCCGAUCCACCCGCGCUCAAACCCAGGGCCUGACUCCGCAGCACUCUUACCCCCUCCUCCCCCCCGGACCGGUGGGGGUCAUCCCGGUCCCCUUGGAAUUCACAAGAAUGACCAGCACAGGCACUUGCCACUCUGAAGAGAUCGCUGUGCAGGAACCCCCAAUCCCGCAAGAUGGCGGCAGCCACGCUCCAGCAACUGAACGCAGCUACCCGCCACUACCAAGCCACUGAGGCUAGCAAAAGCAAGGGAGAAAGGAGACCCCAGCGACUGCCAGUGAGGGGAUCAACUCAAGGCGGAGACCCAGCGAAGACACCCACUCGCCUUCCCAAGCUUAGAGCCACAAGGGGCAAACUUACCCUGCAUCAACCACAAGGUCGGAAGAUUGCCCGCAACACGCGGCGGGAGACAUCUCAAUCCUCUGCCCACUUCCUGCUGGGAAUAGAAUUGGCCUAUUAUAGAAACCAGGUCUGUGGUACACUGAUUCCGGCCCUCGAGAAGGCUUGGGGCUGGAGAGAUUCUCGUGCAGGCAAGGAGGACUUGACGGAUGGCACGGACAGCACACCAAGAACAGGCGUAGUUUAAGCCUAAAGAGGGACUGCUACAGAAGCCUCUGCCAAGAGAGCAAAAGUUAUAAACCGCUAACCAUUAGCUAGAGAUCUGUGUCCUGUUACCUUAUGCCUUCCAUGCCUUUCAUAUGCUUUUCUGUUUACUCUUAGUUCCUUUGCUUUAUUAAUCAUUAAAGGGACACUCCAGGCACCCAGACCACUUCUGCCCAUUGAAGUGGUCUGGGUGCCAACUCCCACUACCCUUAACCCUGCAAGUGUAAUUAUUGCAGUUUUUUAUAAACUGCAAUAAUUACCUUGCAUGGUUAACUCCUCCUCUAGUGGCUGUCUACUAGACAGCCUCUAAAGGGCACUUCCGUGUCUAUAGCACAGGUUUUCUGUGCUAGAGUGUCGCUGGACGUCCUCACGCUAUGUAAGGACUUCCAGCGUCGCUCAAUUCCCCAUAGGAAAGCAUUGAAAAGCAUUUUAAAUGCGUUCCUAUGGAGAGCUCUAAUGCGUGUGCGCGGCAUUGCCGCGCAUUCGCAUUAGGCCUCCCGGCGGGCGGGAUCAGUCUCGCCCACCGGCUGACGUUAGGAAGGGGUGAAGCGGCGGCGACCUGAAACCACCGCUGAGGGACAUCGGCAGGGGGUCUCAGGUAAGUGACUGAAGGGGUUUUCACCCCUUUAGCAACCGGGGAUUGGGGAGUGGGGAGUGGGAGGUAGAGGGGACCUGCAGUGUCUGUUUUCCUGGCACUGUACAAUGCUUUCCUAUGGACGCUUGCAUGUUCUCACUGUGAUUUUUUUCACAGUGAGAAUCACGCAAGCGCCUCUAGCGGCUGUCAAUGAGACAGCCACAGCCACUAGAGGAUUUGAGGGCUGGAUUAACCCAUUUAUAAACAUAGCAGUUUUUCUGAAACUGCUAUGUUUAUAAAAAAAAAAUGGGUUAACCCUAGUUGGACCUGGCACCCAGACCACUUCAUUAAGCUGAAGUGGUCUGAGUGGUCCUUUAAUUCACAGCAUGGCUAUAGACAGUCAGAUAAACUGCAAAUACGUUGUGGUAUCUUUACUACAUGCAUCCUAGUGGGGGAGCUUGACCAGUUAUAAUUGCCUAAACUACUUCAAUAUGUAGAAAUGUAAGAUACUGAACUGCUAUUAAAUACCGACUCAUCCCUUUUUUUUGAACAUAGUUAUAUAUAAAAAGCAUGCAGAAGCUGUCGUGGCUCUGCGUGCCUGUUGUAAAUCUAUUCUGUAGCUGGUUUACAUCAUUUAAGCAUUAGGAUGAACAGGAAAGAUAAACUAAUAACUUGGCUCAUGAUGAUGCUAUGAAUAAUCUUACAUUGGUUAGCAAAGGUAUUAAGCUGUAGUUAACGUUGAGUCUGCUAUAUGACCACUGGGUACUAAUUGCACCAUGAAAGCUCUAAAGGAGCAGUGAGUUUAAUGUCUCUGUAAGAGAGCUGGUGUGUAUUACGUGCUGUCCGUUUAUCCGAUACCACGUAUGGGCCAUCGGAGCUUGGUAGGCUGCAUAGUGAGGUAGUGCUAUUCAUCCCCAGGAAGGGCUGUGUGUUGAACCAGGCUCCUUGCAUGUGGCUCAUGGUGGGUGAGCUGCGCCGGGGGUUCCCGUUCUCCCAGGCCCAGGUCUCCCGUGGGUUCCUUGCCGCUUAUCUGGUAGCUUUCCGUUUUGGUUUGGCUGGGUCACAUGUCUGCGGACGCUUGACCCGUCGGGGGAUUCCCCGAGUGCUUGGACGGCUUGUUGGCUGUGCCGCCAGACGAGCUCCAUGCCCAGUGCCGGUUGCACGUUCGCGGUCCGGUGCAUCUUUUCUCUGGGUCAGCUGCCCGUGUGGGUGUCGGCUUUCGAUGCGGUGCCAGAAUGCUCGGCAUAUGCGUUCAAACCGGGCUUCAAAGUCUUCCCGCCAAGACUGAAUGUCCGCUCCCUCUGUGGUUUGUCGAGGCUGCGGUUCGGCGGCCAUCUUGUGCUCGCCAUGCGGUCCUUGGGUGUGGGAGAUCUCUUGUUUGCCGGGGGUGACUUUCCCCAGUGGGGACCGGGAUAACCCCCUCCUGUCCGGGGGGGGGGUGACGAGGCUCCGGAGUCUCCAGGUGUUGCUGAGCGCCUUAGGUCAGGGGAUCGGCCGCCUCCCCCGGCCUGCAAGUCGCCAUCAGUGUUAUGCCUCACUGCUGGAUACUGUGUUGGGGCAACUGGCUUCAUGAGUGCUUACAGUCCCGUGCUGCUUGGUGGCAGAAUCUUGCCCUUGCCAGGUCAUUUUCUGUGCGUUAGAAGGUCAGUUUAGCUGAUUUUCAGCCCUGUUUUACUGGAGCUGAGCUGAAACACAUCCUGCCAUCUUGGCUGCCAGGCCCCGCCCCCUACUACACUACUUUUCAACUAAUUUGAUCAAUAUGCACUACACUGUGCCUUAGGUUGCCAUGUCCAGCUUUCUAGUACCCUAAAUAAAUGUUUCCCUUGGCUAUUUUCUGUUCUGUUAAAAUGUUGGCAUUUCAUAAAUUGAAUUUAUAAUGUCAUGAUAUGUGGGACUAACUCAUCAGGAUAAAAUAAAGCAGUUAUCAAUUUUUUAAUUUUUCAUAUGCAUGCAGACACCCAUACAUUUAAUCAUUUUGAGAUUGUUUGCACAUCUCCAAAUAGAAAAACUGCAUUCAAAAAGAACAAAACUGAUAUUUGUUUUUAUUACGUUGAGUGGCUUAAAGGAAUUGUGCUGUAGUCAAUGUUGCAAGAUCCAAUGUUUUUCAGGAAGCCUAUAAAAGUUUGCAUUUUUGUUUUCCAGUUGGUGUCUCUUAAUCAAAUUUGUAAUCCGAUAUCCCAGAAUAUAGAUUUAGAAUGACUGCAAGAGUUUGUGAGUAAUCGGUUUGCUAUGAGUAAAGGGGUUUACAGUGGUAAGUGAGUGAUGGCUGUGAUAUGCAAAAGAGCACAGAAAAUGUGAGCGUGAAAAAGGCAGUCAUGCUUACUCCGUGUUCUUCACUAAAUUCCAAACUGCAUCCAACUGAAAUCUAAUUUGUAAAAUUGAGGCUAAAAUAGCGGAUUAUGAGAAAUUCUCCCACUCAGUUAUUUAGCCUUCAUGUUUCAAUUCAUAUUUCAGUCGAAUAGAGUUUGGAGUUUAUUGAAAAGCCAUGACUGUGUGUGCAUUAUGAAAGAGUUUUGAUUUCUGUCAGGUUUGGUAUUUUUAUUUUUUUAAGAAAAGGCAGGUUAGGGUUCAAAACUAGGAAGAAUUGAACAACAAAUGUGAAAUCUAUAAUGUGUAUGUGUAAGGACGUGACAAACUUCCUUAAUUUAUUUAAAUUGUUUAUGUGGAAAUAAUGAAUUUUUGAAUAAGACUGGGUUUGCAAAAGAGAAAACAGGAAAAGUCAAUGAAAUUAGAUCUAAAUUGACAGGCUACGGGUUAUCAGUAGAACAUGAAGAAAAGGCUGGUCUGCUGGGAGUCAGAUUAAAGAGGCAGCAAUUUUUUGCCACUGAUUACUAAACUUCAGUUAACGAACUGCCAUUCCCAUUAAUUGGUGGAUAUCAGACUUUGAAAUUAUUUGAAAAAAAACAAAAAAAAAAAGCCUACUUGGUGUACUGCAAAAUAUAUGUAUAAUAUAUAUGUAUAUAUUUUUCCAUACAUUAAUAAGUACUUUUUCUUGCCAUAUGGAUCACAGAUCAGCAUAGGGGAGAAAAUAUAUAUAUUUUUUAAUAGUCUAGUUUAAUUUACCUUCAACAGCAAGUCCUCUCUUGCUGCUGCUAUGCCCCCUUGAGACUAUAUUAGUGAUGAUAGUUGCUUUCCUUUCUGUAAACUGUUUAAACUGUUGCUUGUUUGGCAAAUGCACCAAGUAGAUGUGGCAAAUGCUCAAUAGAAUGCAUUGGACUAAUGCAUACUGAUGGAAGCUUCCACUUCUGCUUGAACAGUUGUUUAAGUGGAGUGAAUCAGGAUGCCUUCCUGGCUGUCAGCUUUGAUGACUAGGAGAUGUUCUUAAAUUACCUCCUAAGCUUCAGCAAGCUGGAAUUGCCUUAGGGGUCUGGAGUGUCCCUUUAACAGUAAACGUUUUCAGUUUCUUUUAAAUUGUGUGCUGUUUCGUUCAGUACUGGGUUUAAAGUCACCGAUCGUAAAAUAUGUUUGCUAUUAAACUUUUUAUAAUUUUUUUUUUUUUAAAUGACAGACAAUGUAUUUGCUAAUUGAAGUGGUCUGGGUGCUGUGUCCCUACUGCACUUAGUGCUGCAAUGUAAAAGAUUGCAGUUCCAGAGAACUGCAAUGUUUACAUUGCAGCUCUAAGUCUGCCCUUAGUGGCUGUCUACCAGACAGGCUGGGGGUGCUUCUGGAAUCCAAGCGGGCCUUUGGUCCGUUAUCUGACGCUGGGCGUCCUCACGCUCUGCAGCGUCAUAUUUUCCCCAUAGGAAAGCAUUAGGUCACCCUGCCAACGUCAACCAGCGUGGGCGGGGCCUGACCCAUCGCCUAGGGACAUCGUUGCUGGAUUCAGCUAAGUGACUGAAGAGGUUUUAUCUAUUUCAGCCCUGCGGGAGGGGGGGCUCCUUAAAAACCUAUAGUCCAAGAAAAACAGGUUUGUUUUCCUGGCACUAUAGAAUCCCUUUAGGAGGUUGGGAAAGUUUAGUGGGAAAUAAUUUAUUUACUUUAACUUUGGCAAAAUUACAACUGUGGCAAUCUAAGGUGACCGUUUUAUUGGUCAGAUAUUUAUUUAAGUGAUAAAAACUUUGAUAGAGAGCGGUUGCCACCCAAUCAUACCAACUCUUAUUUCCAUUAUUGAUCAGAUACGUGAAAUUCUCAUAUUACAUUGUUUGUGUAACUUUUUUCCCGGUUUUCAUUUAAUGUUUUUUUUCUUUUUUUUUCUUUUUUCAUGAAAUUUCCCUUUCCUCUGCCAGUGCUGUCAUUUUGACUGAUCUCAUGUUGAAAUUGGUUAUUAUUGGAUCCAAAAUCACUCUUGUGACUGUUUUUUCUUAAAUUCACAAAUGUAUUCUAAAUUACCGUAGUACAUUUUACAUUCAUGAACUAAAGAUGAGCUGAUGCAUCUCGCUCUUUAGCUGCAUCAGUUUAACAAGUGCUGAGUGUUUUUCCUUUUUUUCUUCAGGUAAGGUAUAUGCUUGCUAGAUCUGUAAUUAGUCAUUCCGAGUAAUCCAUGCCAAUUUCUAUAAAGGCAUGUUAAGUUUUCUUCAUUAUCUAAACUAAAAUUACCAUUUCUUGUACCAGGGUCUUGCUGACAGGGGCAGAGUUGCAUUUGGCGGCUGGACGUCGCUAUGGUUUGGUGGGUCGGAAUGGGCUGGGUAAAACCACCCUAUUAAAGAUGCUUGCUAGCCGCAACCUCCGUGUUCCUUCACACAUCAGCAUUCUGCACGUGGAGCAGGAAGUGGCUGGUGAUGACACUCCUGCACUCCAGAGCGUUCUGGAAUGUGACACACUGCGUGAGAGCCUUCUGCAUGAAGAAAAGAUGCUAAAUUCUAGAAUCAGUGCUGGAAAGUAAGUGACCUUAAAAUAGGGACAGAUCAUUACAAUAAAUGACAAUCAUUUUAGAGAUAAGAUCACCUAUGUGUUGUAAAUUGCUUUUCUCACUGAUGUUUUUGAUUAAUCCUUAGAAUCAGUCGCAUGAGACAGAUUGGAUACAUAGUGUGUAUUCUUUUUUUUUUUUUUUGACAACUGACAUUGUUUAUUACUGAAAAUAAAAAAUGAUAUGUAAUACAGCCUUGUGUAUUAUUUUGUAACCAAAUGCAUGUAAAUUUACAUUUUAUAAAACCGUAAUCUUAGCACAAUUUAUCUGCUCAGAAUAUGCAUAAUUUGAAGGCAUGAAACUGCUCCUGACUGCAUUUUAAAAAUUUAUUAUUUGACAAAAUAAUGUGCACAAAGGGUAUAAUACAUGUCAUUUUUUAUUUUUAAAUAACAAAUCGUGAUGACACUUAUUCUUUAAUGGAUUUUAUUUUCACUUACAUUGCAUUCCUGACCCAUGAAUUACUUAAAAUGUGUCCCCAGGGGUGAUGGUUCGGAGAGCACACGGUUAUCUGAGAUAUACAGCAAAUUGGAAGAGAUAGAAGCUGACAAGGCCCCAGCAAGGUACUGUGUAACUCCUGCAUUGCUUGAACUGGUCCAAAAUCCUUUUGAACAGUUUGUAACUUGUAUAGCUCUUACUUUUCCUUUUAUUGUUUUCAUCUCACAGAGCUUCUGUGAUUCUGGCUGGGUUGGGGUUCAGGCACACAAUGCAACAGCAAUUGACCAAGUAAGUGGCUGAAGAAGCUGAAAGUAUACAAUUGAUCUGAUGAGUUUGGGUGUUGACAAUUGUUGUUAAUGUGUAUGUUUAUGCAUUUUUGGGGAGGAUUUUUAUUUUGAGAGCUUUUCUAAGAUAUUCCAUUCUUUCAGGGAAUUCUCUGGAGGUUGGCGAAUGAGAUUGGCACUUGCUCGGGCUCUCUUUGGCAGGUAAGAUAUAUGUUCUCUCUCUAUUAUUUUUUUCCUUUCAAUAAGAACUUUUUUGUGCUUGAAUGGUAAAUUUAAAGACCAUCUCUAUUCUUCUCCUCCUAUAUGUCAGGCCAGAUCUUCUGUUGCUUGAUGGUGAGUGUUCAAAAAAAACACAAAAACCUUGCAUAUUCAUACAUUCUUUUUCUCCCCUCUGUUUUCUUGCUUAACAUUUAUCUCUUGUGUCACAGAACCCACGAACAUGUUGGAUGUCCGAGCCAUUGUAUGGUUGGAGGAUUAUUUGCAGGUCAGUCUCAGUUCUUUGGCAUUUCAUGUUGUCCCCCACAUUCUUUGCAAACCUUGAACUCAUAAUCUGCUUUUCACAACAAUGUACAAUUUCUAUACUUCCAUCUCACUGUCUGAAAACUCAUUUAAAAUGCUUCCACACAACACAUUCACUGUUAACCCAUACCCCAUCUGUCUCUUUGUCUGAGGAUUUGUAGCUUUUACACUGCAAUUGCUUUUUUGUAAAAAAAAUUCUAUCACUGGUAUCUUGCUUUCAUAGACCUGGCCUUCAACCAUCCUUGUUGUCUCUCACGACCGAAACUUCCUGAAUGCAGUGGCCACAGAUAUUGUACAUCUGCACAGCCAACGACUUGAAGGAUACCGGGGCAACUUUGAGAGCUUUUUGAAAACAAAAGAAGAACGUUUGAAGAACCAGCAACGUGAAUUUGAGGCACAGCAGCAAUACCGUGAACACAUUCAGGUGAUUCUGAAAUAAAAUAAUUUGUCAUUUUUGGGAAUCUACUGUAACUGCAAAAGUGCAACGAGGCCUUAUUUGCUGUAGACUGGUAAUUCAUCAGUGUGUUUUAUUGAUUUUAUGAAUAUCACUUCUUGGUACAGACUAGUCAUGUCAUUCAUCUCUUUACUGCAGGUUUUCAUUGAUAGGUUCCGGUAUAAUGCAAACAGAGCCUCUCAAGUGCAGAGUAAACUUAAGCUGCUAGAAAAAUUGUAAGUAUUUCUAAAAUCUUGAAUAAUAUCGAAGAGGAUCUGAACAAUUAAUUUCAAUGGAAUCUUGUUUUCUUCUGUAGACCGGAACUGAAGCCAGUGGACAAAGAGUCUGAGGUGGUUUUAAGGUGGGAAUCUUAAUGCAUGCAUUGCUCACAAUGCAACUGUAUAUUACACUUUUUUUUAUUUAUUAUUUUUUUUAUGUACAUGUUAUUUUAUAAUUAUGUUGAUUUCAAUUUCUACUUCCUGAUUCCCUGCUCUUUUCACACUCCCAUUCUACUCCUCAGGUUCCCUGAUGGUUUUGAGAAGUUCUCUCCUCCCAUCCUGCAGUUGGAUGAAGUUGAUUUCUGGUAUUCUUCAGAUCAGCCAAUCUUCAAGAAACUUUCUGUGUCUGCAGACCUGGAUUCAAGAAUCUGUGUGGUGAGUGUUCAUGUGUAUGCUCUAAAUGAAUUUUGACUACACUAGGAGCCCAUUUAAAUGGUGUGCAAAAUUUCCUUUUAUUGCAUAGGUGGGAGAAAAUGGAGCUGGAAAGUCCACAAUGUUGAAGCUGUUGAUGGGAGAGCUGUCUCCGGUACAGGGGAUUCGACAAGGACAUAGGUGGGCAUUUUUGCAUAUUACAUUCUUUGGGGAGACUUCUAAAAAGUAUCACAGAUGGAAAAGUGUAACUAUCAACAUGGAAAUUAACAGAAUCAUCAGAAACCAUUAUUUUUCAUGUUGUGGUUUAAUUUUUCCCCUUGCAUUUAUUUUUUUAAUUUUAUUACCCACACAAUUUCUGCAGGAAUCUGAAGAUUGGUUACUUCAGUCAGCAUCAUGUGGACCAACUUGAUAUGAAUAUUAGUGCAGUGGAGCUACUCGCAAAACGCUUUCCUGGUACUUAUUGCAGAUAUACUCUACCCGUUUAUCUUAUUUCAAAUGAAUGAAUCACUGUCUGUCCAGUGUGCGUUGUGUAUGUGCACACACAUUAAGUCCCUCCCUCUAAAUUACCACCAAAAAAAAGUGUUUUAUAGUAAGGGGAACUCCUAAAUGUCAGGAUGUACAAUAAUAUGUUUACUUAUUCUCUGAAUUUAACAGUAUGAAAAACUGAAUUUAAAUGUAAAAGUCCAUAUCACUCUUGAAAUUGUAAUGUCAAACGUUAAAUCUUUAAUAUACAUUUUAAAAGAAAAUGAAGCCUCACAUUAAUAAAAGGUGAACGCACGUUAUUGGUGUUUUAUUUGAUGGUGUUAUUUCCAGUGAAGUGAUGACUCCCCUUUAAAUGGUAUAAGAAAAGGUUAUAUUUAAGGGUGUAACAAAAAACAUUACAGUUUGACAAACACAUAAAAGAGAGUGUGUGUGUGUGUGUGUGUGUGUGUAUAUAUAUAUAGAUAGAUAUAUUGGAAUUUUGAGGAGCUUGUGUGAUGGCGGAGAGAGCAACAGGUGAUAAUCACACAGGGAAAAGGGAGACCGUAUAAGAGCUAAAGAAGCUUCCCUUUCACUUUUGUGUGAGAGAGAAUGAAAAGUGGAGCUUGGUUUAACAUCAAGAGUAAUUCUGCAAGGAUUUCCCUGAUGUUUGUGUUUCUUGCCAGGAGGUAUGUUGUGCAAUGAUUUUGGAUGGUAUGAUUGUGGGUGAAAAAAGGCAUGAUCUAUAAAAUUCUCUAAUGCCAUUUGUUGCUCAUUAACUAUUCACUCUAUUAAUUUUCUAUCGGUUGCAUAAGCCCUGCAUUUAAUAGCUUUUUUUCAUGCUUAGGGAAAACUGAAGAAGAAUAUCGCCACCAGCUGGGCAGUUAUGGCAUCUCUGGAGAAUUAGCAGUACGGUCAGUGGCAAGUCUAUCAGGAGGGCAGAAGAGUCGUGUUGCUUUUGCCCAGAUGACAAUGCCAUGGUAGGAUUUAUUUUGUUUUUACAUGUGAUUGCUUCCACUUUCCCAUUGUCAUUUACAUUUUUUUAAAAUAAGUUGUCUAUGAAAAAAGUAGCUAGAUGCAGAAGUAUAGUGUGACAUUUCAGCACUUACUAAAAUCCAAGUAGUUCUUAAAACAUAGUGACUGACAGAGCUUACAUUAGGUUAAAUCUCAUGUGUAGAACACCUUCAUAUGAUGGGAUUAUGUCAUUAUUUUAUUUUAAUCAAGACAGAUUGAAUCUAUAGCAUAGCAUUUUAAAAACGUAAUAUUAAAAUUUAAUUUGAGACUACGAUUUAGUCUUUGACUUUGCUCUCAAUUUGGCUAACACAAAUCAUAUUUUAAGAGGAACUGUCCCGUCCUCAAUAUUCACACAACCUAAUAAGUAAAACUUAAAUAGGAGUCCACAUCAGUGCUGUAAUAAGUGACCUGCGAGAUGGUGGGAUCUUCCAAAGAAAAAGCUUUUAUUCCCUACAGCCAUCAAUAGUGACGGCUGGGACAAAUGACAUGGUUGACAAAAUGUAGCUCAGCCAAGCAGAGUUAAAAUACUGAGACAAAGUAGACCCUACUUGGUCUCUGUAUAUAUUCUGACAGGGGUUGGUAUUUUUGUGAAUUUCUUACACAGUCAAUGUGAGUAUUUCUUGAAAAUGUUAUCUUUAUGAAGUACUAUUUUGAUAUGGAGGUGACAGAUCUGCUUUAACCCUUGUUGUGCCAUACACAUGGCACGUGCCCGUACAGCACUACUGGAGAAAAAGUAAAGCACGUAUGUGUUAGAUCCCUGAGGGCACACACAAGUUAUCAUGGGUCAGCAAAGUUGUCACAAUAAGGUGUGCAGCAGAAGUGGGUUGUUUUUUGUUGUUUUUAUUUUGCCUCAUUGGAAAAAGUAAAUGGCAAGUGACAGUUCUCGUUAAUUUGUAUAUUAUUAUAAUUUAGGUCAUUUUUGUAAGGUGCAAUUUACAUUGCUUUUUGUUUUGCAGUCCAAACUUCUAUAUUCUGGAUGAACCUACCAAUCACUUGGACAUGGAAACCAUAGAAGCCCUGGGAAAAGCACUGAACAAAUUUCGGGUAUUCAUUAUUUUUCAUACUGUUAUUCCUAAUCUCUCCUUCUUGCCAUGCAACCAUAGUGUCAUCUAAUUUUCUUAUGUACCAUGCCCCCCCACCUUCAGUUGUUCAGUACAACCAGAAUUGUUACCAUUUUGUCAAAUUCCUGAUCCUUAUCUCCAUUGCUUCUUUUCCAGGGUGGUGUGAUUUUGGUUUCUCACGAUGAGCGUUUUAUCCGUCUUGUUUGCCAAGAACUCUGGGUCUGUGAAAAUGGAGGAGUGACGCGAAUUGAUGGUGGUUUUGAUGAGUAUCGGAAUAUCCUGCAGGAGCAGUUUCGCAAAGAAGGUUUCCUAUAG